CCCAACAUGGACACAGACAUUACCGAGUGGGUGGGGAGAUGCCAGCCCUGCCAAGAGUCUAGGCCAGAUCCACCGACAGCACCGGUGAGGGAGUGGGAAAGACCCAAGGGGCCCUGGUCCAGGAUCCACAUAGAUUUUGUGGGGCCGUUUCACGGGCAGACCUUCAUGGUCAUAGUAGAUGCCUUUUCCAAGUGGCUGGAAAUUAAGCUCAUGAAGGCCACUACCACCGAUGCAGUUAUUAGGGAGCUGAGGCAGUUAUUCGCUACCCAUGGGUUACCGGACAUCUUAGUGUCAGACAAUGGGCCCCAAUUCACGGCCACACAGUUUAAAGGGUAUUUAGCGGAGUUGGGGGUCAGACACGUCUUCUCAGCCCCGUUCCAUCCGGCUAGUAAUGGACAGGCUGAGAGAUUCAUAAGAACGGCCAAAGAGGCCCUCUCACGCCUAGGCCCCGGGGACUGGCAGGAAAGAAUAGAUCGGUUCCUAACAGCCCAGCACUCCAUGCCUUGUACAGCAACAGGCUGA